AUGUUCGAGAAUCUUUGCACGCUCCCACUCUCAUCGGAGCUGUUCGCCCAAGCGAUACAUCCGUCUGAACCAAUUCUUUCAGUUGGCCUGUCCAGCGGUCACGUUCAAUCGUUUCGCCUUCCAGCAGUGGGUUCCACCGAGGGCGAUGACGAGGGAAACACCAGUAUUUUGUCCACCGGCACAAGCACAAUAGACACAGAAUGGCGCACGCGAAGACAUCAGGGAAGCUGUAGAAGCUUAGCAUAUAGCGGAGAUGGAGAAGUUCUUUACUCUGCUGGCACAGAUGGCAUUCUGAAAGUAGCUUCAUCCACCACCGGACAGGUCAUAACAAAAAUUCUUACACCCUUCGAUCCUAUCUCCAACUCCCCAGAUCCGCCGACCUUAAUCCAUGCGCUCUCUCCACAAACACUGCUUCUGGCAACAGACUCCGCGGCAUUACAUCUGUACGAUCUACGAACACCCUCAACUUUCAGCAAGGCAAAGCCAAGUCAGACACACCGACCUCACGAGGACUACAUCUCUUCCUUAACGCCUCUACCACCGACCGAUGCGAGUACAAGCGGAUUUAGCAAGCAAUGGGUAACAACUGGAGGCACGACCUUGGCAGUUACAGAUUUGCGCCGCGGGGUUUUGGUCAAAAGUGAGGAUCAGGAAGAUGAACUGCUUUGCAGUGUAUUUGUUGGUGGACUGCCUUCAAGGCCCGGGCGUAGCAAGGGUGAAAAGGUGUUGGUAGGAAGCGCAAUUGGAGUUUUGACAUUAUGGGAACGAGGUGUCUGGGACGAUCAAGACGAGAGAAUUAUUGUCGAUGCAGGAAUUGGAGGCGGAGACAGUCUGGACUCGUUGAUUGCUAUGCCAGAUGGAGUAGGCGAUGGUGGCAAGAACGUGGUUGUUGGUGUGGGAGACGGCACAAUCAGAAUCGUCCAGCUUGGUCCAAAUAAAUUGGUAGGGGAACCACUGAGACACGAUGAGAUUGAAUCAGUCGUAGGCCUCGGAUUUGAUGUCGGCGGAAGGCUGAUUAGUGGUGGAGGCUCGAUCGUCAAAGUGUGGCAGGAGAAAAUGUCACUUGAUGACGAGGAUGAAGAGGACUCGGAAGAAGAAGAAGUCGCGCCAAAGAAGAGAGCUGCGGAUGGAAGUGACUCUGACGAAGACAGUGAUGACGAUAGCAGUGAUUCUGAGAGAGAUCGAAAACGGCAGAAGAAGAGGAAGAAGACGAAAGCCAAGGGCGCCAACGCUGGGAAUGGUAUUCUUAAAUUCAAGGGAUUGGAAUAG